AUGCCCAGGGGACAUAAGAGUAAGGCUCGUGCUCGUGAGAAGCGUCGCCUGGUCCAGGAUGAGGCCAAGGGGCUCAAGGAUGCUCACGCCAAGGCAGGAGAGAAAGAGUCACCCUCCUGCUCUAAUCAUGAGUCUGGAGAUGCUGUUGCAAGCACCUCUACUGCUGGCUUCCCUCAGAAGUCUAAAUCUCGGGGUGAGGCACCCACCAGCCCUGAUAUUAAUGGUGGUGCCUACAGAAGAUCUCGUAAAAGUACCAGAGGCCCAAGGGAGGAAAGUACCAGUUGCUCUAGGGUCCCACGCUUCAAUGCGAAUCCACAGAAUGAUAUUCUAACAAGGAAGACAGGAAUCCUGAUGCAGUACCUGCUCUGCAAGUACAAAAUGAAACAGCCAGCGAAUAAGGGAGAAAUGAUAAAAGUUAUCAACAGAAGGUUCAAGGAGCAUUUGCCUGAGAUCCUCAAGAAAGCCUCUGAGCGUAUUCAGCUAGUUUUUGGUCUUGAGGUGAAAGAAAUUAAGCCCAGUGGUGGCUAUUACACCCUUGUUAGCAAGUUAGAUCCCAGUGUUGGUAAUGCUCUGACCACUAGCCUGCCAUUUCCCCAGAAUGGGCUUUUGAUGCCACUUCUUGGUGUGAUCUUCUUAAAUGGCAACCGUGCCUCUGAGGCAGAGAUCUGGGAAUUCCUUAAUAUUUUGGGAAUUUAUGAUGGGAAGGUGCACAUAAUCUUUGGGGAGCCCCGGAAGCUCAUUACUAGAGAUUUGGUUAAGGAAAGGUACCUGGUAUACCAAAAGGAGGCCGGCAGUAAUCCUCCAUCCUUUGAGUUCCUUUGGGGUCCCCGAGCCUAUGCUGAAACUACCAAGAUGAAAAUCCUGGAGUUUUUAGCCAAGGUCAAUGAGACUGUUCCUCAGGCCUUCCCAACUCAUUAUGAGGAGGCUUUGAGAGAUCAGGAAGAGAGAGCCCAAGCUGAAGCUAUAGGCAAUCCUGACACUAGUGCUAAAGAUAAGGCAGAGGCUAAAGUCACACUGGUUGAUUCCCCUUGCAAAGAUCAGGCUGAGUCUAAAGUCACUAGUGCCAAAAAUAAGGCAGAGGCUAAAGUCACACUGGCUAAAGUCACACUGGUUGACUCCCCUUGCAAAGAUCAGGCUGAGUCUAAAGUCACUAGUGCCAAAAAUAAGGCAGAGGCUAAAGUCACACUAGUUGACUCUCCUUGCAAAGAUCAGGCUGAGUCUAAAGUCACACUUGUUGACCCCUCUUGCAAAGAUAAGGCCAAGUCUAAAGUCACACUUGGCUCCUCUCGCAAAUAUAAGGCCAAGUCUAAAGUCACACUUGUUGACUCCUCUUGCAAAGAUAAGGCAGUCUAA